AUGACCACCUCCCAUCCUACAUCUUCCGAACGCUCAUUGCUGCCGUGCUUGACUUUACUCAUGCUUGCGGCAGUGACAGUCCAAGGAAUGUAUGUUGGACCGGCUAGUACCACCAGGGCAGCUUCGGCAGGCUCCGACAUCAAUCAUGCCGCAGGCGCUCUUAAGGCCCAAGAAGAGGGGCUUUUGACCGGAAAUCUAAGGAAAACAGACACCCCUUUGGUGCUUCCAGGCCCAAACCCAAUCAGCCAAAAGGAAGGAAUCCUACGACCCGAAGAAAAUAUCCUUCAAGGACCACCUUCCAAGCCCGCUGGAAAAAUACCAAAGAAAGAAACCCCAGGCAGAUUAACUCAAGCACUCGGAACCCUGAAAGAGCAUUCUUAA